AUGGAGAGCACCAGAGUGUUCGUGGGUGGUCUCCCACCCACAUGCUCCAAUGAUCAGCUUAAAAAACAUUUUGCUACUCGCUUUCAAGUCACCGAUGCUCAUGUCCUACCUAAACGUAGGAUGGGGUUCGUCGGCUUCAAGAGCCAUGAAGAUGCUCAACAAGCUGUGAAACACUUCAACAAGACAUUCAUGAAGAUGUCAAAGAUCGCUGUAGACAUCGCUCGUCCGAUUGAUUCAAAUGACGCCGAAGAUGCUCACCCCACACGAAGACGUGAUACCACGAAUGCUAAUGAUGCAUCGUUGGAUUACAACCUCAAGCGCAAGAGGGACGGCGAAAACAAAUCAGACCCUAAGCUACAAGAGUACCUCUCUUUAAUGGGAUCGUCAUCAAAGACUCGGACAUGGGCCAAUGAUGAUGAGAUGAUCAAGCCGUCUGUGGACACUGUUCCCGUUAUUAACCAAUCCGCGCAGGAAGAAGAGGAGGAGUUACAAGAGUUGCCUUCACACCCGAAAAAAGCAAAGAUAGAGAAAGCACCAGCGGUAACAGAGCCUGAGCAGCCUGAGACAAUGGUCGUUGACAAGAUUGAGGAAGAGGAGGCUCAAGAAACACCAGAACAGGACAACUCUGCGGAGCCUGAAGCGGAGGCUGCCCCUGUAUCUGAUGCAGAUUGGCUACGGUCCAAGACGAGUCGUCUGUUGGGCCUUCUCGAUGAGGAAGAGCAAGAUGAGUUUGAUCAGCACAAGGCUGUCGCACCCACUACUGCGCCGACCAGAGCUGCCUCACCACCUUCUUCGUCUGGCGAUAAGUCGCCGCGGCGUGACGAGGAAUCGCGCACUGCGGCCAUUGAGAAAAUUGCGCCCAACACGACUGACGUUGAGAACAGCACCGAGGCAACGCCGGUAGAUCCGAAUAUUGAUCUUAUUCGGAACUCCGCUCGUUUGUUCCUCAGAAACCUUGCAUACGACACAACAGAAUCGGAUCUCCAACCGAUCUUUGAACGGUUCGGGAAGAUUGAAGAGAUUCAUGUUGCUUUUGACACCCGUUCCACAACCAGCAAAGGCUUUGCUUAUGUGCAAUACACCGAUGCUGAUGCGGCCAUUGAUGCCUACCAGACCCUUGAUGGAAAGCAUUUCCAGGGUCGUCUGCUCCAUAUCUUGCCGGCUUCUGCGAAGAAGACCUACAAGAUUGACGAGUACGAAUUGUCAAAGCUUCCUCUCAAAAAGCAAAGGGAGAUCAAGCGGAAACAAAAUGCCGGUUCAUCUUCAUUCAGCUGGAACUCCCUAUACAUGAACGCCGAUGCUGUGAUGUCAUCAGUGGCCGGAAGGCUCGGAGUCUCCAAAUCAGAACUGCUUGAUCCCACCUCUUCAGAAGCCGCCGUGAAGCAAGCACAUGCUGAAACGCAUGUGAUUCAAGAAACGAAAGCCUACUUUGCCUCCAACGGGGUAAAUAUUGAUGCUUUCAAGCAGCGUGAACGUGGGAAUACGGCUAUUUUGGUCAAGAACUUCUCAUAUGGUGUCACCUCGGCGGAACUCAGGAAUCUGUUCGAUCCAUAUGGAAAGAUCAUCCGAUUGUUGAUGCCUCCGAGUGGCACCAUUGCUAUUGUGGAGUUUGCGCAGCCUGACGAGGCCCAGAAGGCUUUCAAGGGCAUGGCAUACCGCAAGAUGGGUGAUUCCAUCUUGUUCCUGGAGAAGGCACCGAAGAAUUUGUUCGAUGGUUCAGCGGUUCCACGCGCACUUGCUCCAGAGACUCGGGGCAAGGAUCAAGGGUUCUCAACUGCGGACACAUUCGCCGCAGAUGAGCCUGAUGACAGCGUAGCAACCACAACACUCUUCGUAAAGAACCUCAACUUCUCAACCACCAAUGAGAAGUUCCUGGAAGUGUUCCGAUCUCUGGAUGGCUUUAUUACCGGUCGGGUCAAGACCAAACCCGAUCCCAAGCGACCAGGACAGACCCUCAGUAUGGGAUUCGCCUUUGCGGAUUUCAAAACUAAAGGUCAAGCUCAGGCUGCUAUGACAGCUAUGAACGGCUACAAGUUGGAUCAGCACGAGCUUCUCAUUCGUGCAUCCCACAAGGGCAAGGACGCUGCCGAGGAGCGAAGACGCGAAGAUACCGCGAAGAAGGUUGCGGCGCGCAGAACAAAAAUCAUCAUCAAGAACUUGCCGUUCCAGGCCACCAAGAAGGAUAUCCGAUCCCUAUUCGGGGCUUACGGACAACUUCGGUCUGUGCGUGUUCCUCAGAAGUUCGAUCACACUGCUCGUGGUUUCGGUUUUGCAGACUUUGUAAGCGCUCGCGAAGCGGAGAAUGCCAUGGACGCGUUGAAAAACACGCAUCUCCUGGGGAGACGAUUGGUUUUGGAGUUCGUGAACGAGGAGGCCGUCGAUCCCGAGGAGGAGCUCGCGCGUUUAGAAAAGAAGGUAGGAGAGCAGAUGGACAGGGUCAAACUUCAACAGCUUACUUCUGGCGCCGGGCGCAAGAAAUUUACUGUAGGAGGGCAGGAGGAAGAGUGA